AUGCCGAGAAUGAAACAAACUAGUUAUCAGCUUGAGGUCGCAGCUAGGGAUGCUGCUGAAUCGAGCAAAAAACCCGAGCAAAUCAGGAAUUUCCCUCUAACACUUAAUGCAUUUCGGAGGCUAUUGACUUUGAAAAGAGAUGGUCAAUCAGAGAGGUGGUGGUCCUGGUAUAGAGCCUCUCGUAAAUACACAGUUCACCCUAAACUAUCCAGCUAUAAAGGGUGGCAAGAUAAGUUCUUCCUUUUGUCUGUUCCCGAUGACUUUCCAAUUCGAAGAACUUUCUAUCGUCCUCAUCCUCGAUUCGACACUAUUUCCAAGAGAGAACUCGACCAACAUGAACUUAGGGUUGUCAGUCAUUUUGACAUAGUGGAGUCUGAGGAUGAUAAGGGUAGGCCCCGUCUUACCCCUAAGGUGUGGAUGCCAAACGUGGGAUACAUUCUCGACAAUGCCCCCUUAUCCCAUGUUAUGUCUAACCAAUGGAUCGAAUGCCCCGAGGGCAGACUUUCUGGUGAAGUUGUUAAAAGGUUUUCCGUUCUUGACGGCCAUUUAGGGGAUCGAUGGCAGCCGGAGCUUGACGUAUCCUGGAAUGAAUCCUUGUUUGCUAAUGAUCCUAUGCGAGGAGGAAACCUCGGUUGUUGGCUUCUGCGCAAUCUUGCGCCUCCAAUGGAUAAGCUUGCUGGCGCUAUCGGUCCCCUUGCUGCCCAGCAUAUGCAUGACCUGAUGAAGGCCAUCAUGUCUGGUACCGAGGUUGUGGAGAUGUAUCGACAACAUCAUCAAUCCUCUUUGGACAAUGCUGGUAAGGUCAUCUCUAAAAUCAGAGAGGCAAAACAGAAGGAUGACUUAGAGAUGGCGGCCCUCAGAGACAAGGUUGCUAAGCUUGAAGGGUUUGAAAAGGAUGUCCAGCUUCUAAAAAACCAGAUCGCCGAGAAGAGUAAGGACGUAGAGCGCAUUCCUUUGCUGGAGAAGGAUCUUUCUGAUGCCAAGGUUUCCAUCCAAAACAUGGAGGAAAAGGUUAAGAAAAUGGAAGCUGACAAGCCUAUCAUUCGGCAAAGAGCUGUAGGCAGUUACUUGACUUCUGCAGAAUUUGCCACCAAGCUCCAAGACCGUUUUGGUGGAGGGUGGACUACUGCGUAGAGGUGUAUUUCUCAGGUUGCCGGUUGGUAGAAGGAUGAUUGGGCUAAGGUUGAGAAAGCCUUCAACAAGGGAGCUCAUAAGAUUCCUUCUGGUUUUAAGCAGCAGGAAUUUGUCAAGGAAGAUCUUCUCAACCUUGUUCCAGCUACUAAUGACGGCCCCUUAAACCCCAGUAUUCUAAACUAUCCUGAGCUUAAAAAUCCACAAGCUUGAAGGGGCGGGCAGUCAUCACCGACAUCAUUGUGUGAAUCUUAUGUAAUAGGGCCUUAUUAGCCAUGAUCUUGAACUUUGAAACAUUUAAUAUUUUUGUUUAGCUAUGUUGUAUUCCUUUUGAUAAUGCUGUUAUAGCGGCAUGUACCCCUUUUGUGGUGAUGCCUAUCGAUUACCGUUCUUGUUUCUAUACAUUUAUCCUUCCUUUUCUAUUUU